AUGUCUCUGAACGGGCUCGACGACGCGAAAGUUACAGAGGCCUACACCGGCGCCCUAGGGGAAGCUGGCGGCUGGUUUCUGCUCAAGUAUGCUUCGCGCGACUCGGUCGAGAUCCUCACCCGUGGCACAGGCGGCGCUGCAGAAGCCCGCACCGCCAUAGCUGCGUACGAAGAAAAGUCACCUCUAUACGGCUUCCUGCUGUACCGUCGACGCAAAGUCCUGAUCAAAUAUGUACCAGAAAGCACGUCGCGCCUGCUACAAGCCCGCGUCGCUGUCCACUUUACAGCCAUCACGGACAAAUUUACACCCCACGAUACCACCUUCUCCAUUACCACUGCCGACGAGCUCAGCGAUGCCGCUCUCACCUCUGCAUGCUCCCUGCACACCGCCGCGCCGUCGAGUAGUUCUUCGAGCUUGUCCUCCCGCAAGCAGAAGCUCGACGAGAUUACAGAGGACGUGGAGGAUGGGCAGAGUACCGCGGGCGCCAGCGAGUCUCCUUCUACAGCACGCCCUUCUACAGCCAACACCGUCACAGGCACUGCGCCAAGCCCCAUAGUCAGAACCAAUACAAACAAGGAGACUGAGGAGAAAUCCAUUGCAGUAGACCAAAAGAAACCCCUUGAGGACACCGGCACAGUUGCUGAAACAGCACGCACUACUGCCGACGAUAUCACCGACAGGCUCGAGCUUAUCAGAACACAGACAGCACCUGGUCCAGAAAGCUUCAAAAGAUACGAUGCGCUCUUUGAACAUGGACUAGACCCUCGUCUCUCGUCACAAACCGCGCGACCCGAUCUGGCCGAUCUAUAUGCCGAAAUAUAUGCACAAUAUAACAAGCCCAAAGUGAAGCUAGGUCCUCGACCGAAAGCAUCGCUGGAUCUUCAGAGACCAAACACUUCGGGAAGUAAUGUGCAGAGCGUUGCGAGACCAGUCUCGUCUCUACCGCCAGGUCUGCGCUCCUCGAAGCGGAAGAUUGUCGAGCCUAGACGGCCAAAGUCAAGAGAUGCCAGUACAGUGCCGAGCAUCGCCGUGCCUCCGCCACCGCCUAUUCCUACAGCUCCUGAAAUCCCUCUGUCCCCCAUGUAUCAUCCAAAAAGCCCUACCAGUAUCCGAUCCUUACCCAUGAAUACCUACAGCAGCUUGCACCACAAGUCUGCGGGUGCAACUCCUGAGAAGCAGCGGUUGAUGAAAGCUAUGCAACUGAGGAAGAAACAGAUGGAGGCCAGGAAAGCACGACAAGAGAAGGAAGCUGAAGCAGCGACGGAAGACACGCAGGCCGGUGCAGAAGAGAAGGCUAAAGAUGGUGAUGCAGUUGAUGCUGGUGCUUUAGCCACAACUGCGGUUAGAGCAGAAACUAGCUCUACAGUCCCAUCCACGUACGCAGAUGUGCUACCUCAACCGCGCGAUGAAGCAGACACAGUUGAACAGCCGGCUUCCGGUACUGACGGAAUUGACGAAGCUGUCCCACGGGAGGAAUCGAAGGUUGAAAUGACACCAACUCGGCCAGAAACAGACGACAUCCAUUCUGCAGCUUCCGCUUCGUCGCCGACAUCCGCACAGACCCAAGGAUCGUCGGUCGCGCCUUCGACGAGGCCAUCCUCAAUCUCCGAAGACGAUGUCUCCCCAGCUGAAGAAACCAAAUUAGAGACAGUCACUGUGGCACCGAUACGAACCGACGAGACGCUCCUCGAGAACGAGCAGACGUCAGCUGAAAGCACUCCUACCGUGGUCCCGGAAACCACAACACCUAUUCCGCAUUUCGAAGUGUCCAGACCGAGCAUCGAUGCCACGGUGCCUGCCUCUGAAGAGACAAACCUCGAUAAUCCAGGAGACAGAAAGAAGAAGCGAGAAACUAUGAUCCUCAUGUCGCCUGGUGAAAUAGAUGAAGCUCGUGCACGCAGGAAAUCUAAGAGAGCGUCAAUGAUGCUUCCGCUGUCAUCAGAAAGCCUGUAUGACAUGCAUAGCAAGGCAUUGUCGAAUGAGGAGCAACCCGCUGCGGAGGACAUGGAAACUCGUCGCCCUCCAAUUGACCCAACACACCUCAGUGCCGAGAACUCGGAAGCAGAUUAUUUGUCCGACGAUUCUUUUAUGGAGGAAUUGCAAAGUGCAACGGUCGAAGAAGCUAUGCCAAUGUCUGUGUCUGUCUCCAAGUCACCUAUUAUGCCUUUCUUUCCACGGAAACCCUCUAGUCCCGACGUAUCUGUGCCCAAGAGGUCGGCAUCGCAACGAAACGCGCGGUUGGGCGGUAAUUCACCGGAGCAGCCCCGAAAGCUUUCAGGACCGUGGUUGACCCAUGCCAACACAGACACGGUAGUCACUACUAAGAAAAUCAAUGUUGGAUCGGGCAUUUCGCAAAGAAUCAAAGCACUAGCAGAGAAGUCUAAGAGGGAUUCAAAUGCAACGUUGAGUCCUGCCAUCACUCCUGAGGGUGGUUCUUCGAGUGUUGCUCAGCGCAAGUCGUCGUUCUUCUCAACGCCUCCAGACGGCAACUCACCAAAUGGGAAGUCUGCCAACCGCGUAUCGCGCGCCUCUUUCAUCAAUGUUUCCAGGUCUACCACUCCAGAACCGAGACCUGCUGUACAUACACCGCGCGCGACCACUCCAACAAAACACCAGACAGUUUACAACAUGCAGCCAGACUUGGAGAAACCCGAAUCUGUUCAGGUCACUGCUCGUAUUGUCCGGGAUACCAAGCCACAGAAGCCAGCUCUUACAAUGCCCACGGAGAGCAGUCCUUUGGAGCUUCACCGAAGCCCGAUUACUAUCGACCAUCAGAAGUCCGCUCGACCGCCAACAUCGAGCUCCAGGCACAGUCCCGUCAAGACAGAGCCUACCUCGCCGAGACCACCUUCUUCUUCUCAAUCAAACGAGCCCAUUCCUAACCUUCCUCGGUCGUCGUCCGAGAGCAGCUGGCGUUCCUUUGGUCGACGACUCAGCGAGUCUAAGAAUGGCGGCCCACCUCGCAGCAUGUCUGCUCACAGCUUUGAUGUAUCAAGCAGUGACGAGAAGCCCGCCAAGAAAGAAAAGAAGGAUUCAAGGGCCAGCAAGCUUUUUAAGCGAAUGUCUUCUAUCUCCUCAAUCACACGGAAGAACUCAGCCCCCAACAUCCUAGAAGAUAUUCCCUCCAUUCCUCUGCCGUCUUUACGAGAGCCUCCCUCAGCCGUACAGCUCGGGGAUCUUAACAUACAAUUCCCGGACACUCUGGUAUGUACUUCCUCAUCCGCAGACCAACGCUCAGGGCUAACGAAAUGUCAGCUGUGGAAACGUAGAUGGGUGGAAGUUGAUGCAUCAGGCAACCUCGUCUUGAGCCUGUCGAAAGCCAACGAGGUCCGUAUCCUAGCAAUACCAUACACUUGA